CAGAGCUGACGCACAUGAGCACGUUUUUCAUUCGCUGACUAUUGUCAUGUUAAACAUUUUCGGUUGCUAGACGACAAUAAUGCACAUUACACGCGUACAGCGAAGAGAGACGCGAAACGACGCCGAGGCUCAGCAAUAUUACUGCGUUCACACACAAUAUCGACGUAGGAUCUGCUGCUGUUCCUAACGGCGACAUCAGGAAACAGCUGCAUCUUGGGAACUUCUUAACACCCCUUACCCAUUUCAGUGCUCCUUAAUGCUGUUUUAUAUUAGGAUUGGUGCGAAUCUUCGAAAUGAGAAAAUUAAGAUUUCCUGCUGCAUCAUAAUACUCGGACAUUACAGGUCGUGCCUCCAUCAAUAGCCAAUAUCAUACUGAAUGAGAAAGUAUUAUGGUUCUAUUGUUUGUAAAAGGCGAUGAUCAAAUAAAAACAGACCAUCAGAUAGGCUAUAAUGUCUGUAGUAGCCGGAGAAGUUGUCACUGAAGAGGAGGUAGAGGAUCUGGCAGAGGACAGUCUGUGUAGCAGCUAUGUGCCCGACACUGAAAAGAAAUUAAGAAAAAAGAAAGUUUCAGGCAGACCACCUCCUUCUCCUAGGUCACCAUACCUGAACAGUGCAAGCUUGCAUCUGAAGAGAACUCCGGUAGCAUCGUGGAGGACGGUGAAAGGGACACAGCUCCAAAACUGUAAAAGCCCCCCGGCUGGUACACCGAAGGACGUCUGGCUGCACUUACAGAAUGAUGGACAUGCCUUUGACCCAGAGUAUGCUAGAGGUUUAGUGGACAGAAAGACUGAUCCUAGAUCGGACCCAGAGUAUGCUAGAGGUUUAGUGGACAGAAAGACUGAUCCUAGAUCGAUCAUUAACGGACUGAAACAGAGGAUUGUACGAUUGGAGCAGCAGUACAAAGAAAAAGAGAAUGCCUUAAGUCAGCUUCAGAGUGACCUCAAAACCACCAACAUGCAGGAAAUGAAGAUCACGGUAGAAACCUACUUUGAAGAGGUUCAAAGAUUGAGAGCACUUUUAGAGUCGACUGAAAGAAGUAAUAAGGCAGAGAGCAAAAACAUCAGGCGGCAAAACAAGACCCUUAGUGCAACGGUUCUGAAACUCACAAACACUGUUCAACACCUGGAGAACGAGAACCAGGAACUCAAAAAAGAAUUGACACAGGAAGAGAUGAACAUGAUGGAGAGCCCUGCGUGCCGGGCCAAGGGUUAUAUGGAUUGGAGUAAACAGAGACUUGUGCGACGAAUCCUGGAGCUUGAAAAGAGAGUCGAGCAGAUCACCAAAGCAUCAGACUCACUGAAGAGCCCAGACAAUAAAGGCACUCAGUCAGAAUCGGCCAAUCAGAGUGAUUCUGUCAACACAGAGAUGGAGCCAUCUGUGAUUACAGAGAAUGAUGCACAUUUGAAGGAAACAGUUAAGAAACUUGAAGAAGAGAAAAAGGAACUAGAGGGAAAACUAACCCAGAAAGAUGAGGAGAUAAAGCAGUUGUCUGCUGAGAAGGAUACGAGUCUGAAAGAGGUCGAAAACAUGCUGAAGGAACAAAUCAGAGAGCAUGAGAGACUGAUGCAAACACAUAGGCAGGAGAUGGGCGCACUGACCAUAGAAAUCAGCUGUUUGAAAGAGAAACUAGAGGAGGAGAGAAAACUCAGAUUAGUACAAGAUCCAAGUCAGGUUCUGGACGGUUCUUUGUCAUUAACACUCACAGAACCAUUGUCAUCAUCAGAAGUCGUGCCGAUAGAGAAGAACAGAGCAGCUAAGAUCAUCCAGACACACUGGCGCUCCCACCGAACACGGGAUCUAGUUCUUUUACAGUCCUGUCUCAGAGGGCAUCUAAUCAGGCAGAGGCAGCUAGAUGGACAGAGGCAAGCAGACCCAAGAACUGUCCCUGUUGCCAUGAGCCAAUCAGGUAUGAACACUCGGGCUGUACAGGAAGAGGAAGUGACUCUGCUGCAGUCUGCCUUUAGGGCUCAUCUCAAACGCAGUACUCUGACGAUGGACAGGGUGUCUGCAGUGACACAGUCUGUAUCUUCCAAACAUCAGAAAAAGCUGUGUCUCUCCAAACUUGAGCUAAGCCUUCUAAUAAGGGACAAAUAUCAUGUUUUGUCUUCACACUCCAAAAACCUGAAGAUCCACCAACAUCAACCAGGCAAUGAAAUUCCAAAGACCAUCGACUCGGACGACUCGGAUGACAUCAUUGUGUCUCCUUCAAAGCCACUGAGAAAAAAAAAAAUCCUUAAGCCCGUUCAGUGAAAAUGACUUGAUUUUUUAUUUUAUUUAUUUUUUUUCUCUUUUCUUAACUUGUAACACACAUAAUUACCUGAGCAACUUAAAGUGGAAAUGAAACAAAAAUUUUUUUAACUGAUUGUAUAUCGGCAAUAAUGACUAGACAGAGAAGAACAUGGAUCAUGAAUUAUGGUUUUGUGAUUUUCACACUUUUAUUCUGCUAAGAUCAUGCUCUUUUGACUUCUAGGAGCUAAGCCUUCUAAUAAGGGACAAAUAUCAUGUUUUGUCUUCACACUCCAAAAGUGCCUUGUGUUGAAUGAUCAUCUUUAAAUGAGGAUCAGGGAUUUACUAUUCUUCGUUUACUUUUCAUUGUAGAUCAAUAUACAUAUUACACAAAGCAGGAUAUCGCAUAAAGUAUAUUUAAGCCAUUGUGUGUGCAUUUAAGGUACACCUCUGAUUGAUAUAAAAAGUACUGUGAAUCUCCACAAAUGUGGGUGAUGUAUGUAAGAUAUUGCUGUAUAACUUUAUUCAGAUUGGGAAAAAAAUGACAGUAAAUGCUGUUUCACUUAAAUGUUGUCAGCGUGUUACCUGUUAUUAUAGCUGGUGUAUCUGUAUUGAACCAAUAAUAGCACUGAAAAAUGUGAUGCUGUAUUGCGGUUUUUAAAGUCUUGUUAAAACACAUUAUUGUUUUGUGUCAUUCUUGAAUUUAUGUUAGAUUUCUGUUUAUUAAA